AUGUAUGGUGGAAUUGACUUUACUCGAAAGCCGCCUCGUGCUCGAGUAUUUAUUCAGCACAAUCGUAAUAAAUAAAUAAUAAAAUAAAUAAAAAUAAAUUAAUUUUAAAAAAAAAAUCUCGUACGACCAUAAAUAUGAACAAGAAGAAGGCGCUGUCAAUUUUGAUGCGGACCAGGAUGCACCCACCUUCCCCCACCACCACCACCACCACCGCCAACAAAAUGAAUCAAAUGCAAUUUCCGCCAUUGGAUGCCGACAACAAAGCUUCUUCGUCUUCUUCCCGAGAUGCAUCUACCAGUUUCCACGUAGACUUUGUAAGAGUAAAAGAGUCAAUGCACAACGCUAUUUCGAUGAACAAAAUAGAGAUUCUAGACGCUGCACUAGAUGAUUUCUCCGAGGGGUAUUUUGGUCUUUCCAAUGAAAACCGUCGGGUAUUACUUCUGACACUUGCUACACAAUACGAUCUCAACCGGAAGCAAGUUCGUGAGUUGAUGAAACAAUAUCUCGGGCUCGAUCUUCCAAACGGUGACGAGUCUGUGGAAAAUACGCACGAAGGGGAAGGGUCGUUUUCGUCUUUUUAUAGGAUCGAGCGGAAUUUGAGGCAUUCACUCAAGCCAAUGUACGAAGUUCUUUUUGAACGUUUGAAUACUCACCCUGGAGGAUUGAGAUUCUUGUCGAUCAUGAGAGCGGAUAUACUAUCUUUUCUCGCGGAUGAAAAUAUUGCAUCGGUAAGGGCAUUGGACUCGUACUUGAAAGAGAAGCUUAUUACAUGGCUCAGUCCUGCAAAUCUUCAGCUUCACAACAUAACAUGGGACGAUCCAGCUUCAUUGCUCGAAAAGAUUGUUGCGUACGAGGCGGUGCAUCCAAUCAGCAAUCUUUUAGAUUUGAAACGAAGGCUGGGUAUCGGACGACGUUGUUUUGGAUACUUACAUCCUGCUAUUCCAGGCGAGCCGCUGAUUUUUAUUGAAGUUGCACUCAUGAAGAAUGUCGCUCAAACAAUACAGGAAGUUCUUUGGGAUGAACCUCCGAUGCCUGAAUCCGAGGCAACAUGUGCACUCUUCUAUUCCAUAUCUUCCACUCAGCCUGGUUUAUCCGGAAUCAACCUGGGAAAAUUUCUUAUUAAACGUGUGAUUGAUGUGGUGAGGAGAGACAUGCCGAAAAUCUCUACAUUUGCAACACUUAGUCCUAUACCAGGUUACAUGCAAUGGCUAUUGGCAAAGUUGGCUUCGAUCGAGAGAUGUGAUUCCACUUUCAGAGAAAACUUGCUGAAACCAGAAGAAGAAACGGCACUCUUGGGUGCAUCCGAAAAAUAUACCACCGGGAAAAACGGAAUGGAAGUAAUGUGCAACUUGUUAUCCUCAAGCAGUCACGAUUGGACUAAAUCGGACGAGCUGUCACUUGUUUUGAAAACCCCUUUAAUGAGGCUCUGCGCGAGAUACCUUCUUGAAGAGAAGAAGAGAGGAAAGGCUCUCGAUUCUGUCGGAAACUUCCACUUACAAAACGGAGCGAUGGUUGGACGAAUUAAUUGGAUGGCUGAUCGAUCCGAAAAAGGCCUAAAGCAAAGUGCUGGAAUAAUGGUCAACUACAUUUACAAGGUGGAGAAUAUCGAAGAAAAUGCUCAUUCAUAUUUUAGUGAAGGCCAAAUCCAAGCUUCUGAUGAAGUCAGAACUUACAUUUGAGCCAUGACAAGACAAACCUCUGUAAGAAGAAACGAAGAAUUAGAAGAUGUUGUCUAUACACACAGUCAUCAACUGUAAUUAGUAUAUGUAUUUUUUUUAAUUAAUGCUGUUAUUUAUACAUUAUAUCGUUUGUUUAUUUAUCGUUGUUUCUUG